GAUGCCGAUUGAGAUUGUCUGCAAAAUCAAAUUUGCAGAGGAGGAUGAGAAGCAGGCGGCGAAAGAGGAAGGGGACAAGGAGAGCUUGCUAGAGGAGCCCAGCCAGCCACACCACCGUGACCUGGCCGCCUUUGCCGGGGCCAGCACCCUGCACGGCCUGGGCCACAUUUGCCGCCCAGGGCAGCUGGGGGUCCGCCAGGCUCUCUGGGCGCUCGCAUUUGUCGCCUCCCUGGCCUUCUUCCUGUACCAGGCGGCCCGGUCAGCGCUCUUCUACCUGGAGCACCCGCACGUCACCACCCUGGACGAGGAGGCGACCCAGAAGAUGAUAUUCCCAGCUGUGACCAUCUGCAACAUCAACCGCUUCCGCCACUCGGCCCUUACCGACGCCGACAUCUUCCACCUGGCCAACAUGACUGGGCUGCCGCCCAAGGACCGUGAUGGACACAAGGCCUCUGACCUGCUCUACCCCGACCCUGACAUGGCCGAUAUUGUCAACCGCACUGGGCACCAGCUUGAGGACAUGCUCAAGAACUGCAGCUUCAGCGGUGAGAACUGCUCUGCGGGAAACUUCACGGUGGUCUACACACGCUAUGGGAAGUGCUACACAUUCAAUGGCGACCGGAACAAACCACGAGUGACUCGCCAGAGUGGGAUGGGCAACGGGUUGGAGAUUAUGUUGGACAUCCAGCAGGAGGAGUACCUGCCCAUCUGGAGAGAGACCAAUGAGACAUCAUUUGAAGCCGGAAUUCGAGUACAGAUCCACAGCCAAGAUGAGCCACCCUACAUCCACCAAUUGGGGUUUGGAGUCUCUCCAGGUUUCCAGACCUUUGUGUCCUGCCAGGAGCAGAGGUUGACGUACCUGCCCCAGCCCUGGGGCAGCUGCCGGGCCAGCGUGAAGGGGGAACAGGUUCUGCCCGGCUACGAGAGCUACAGUAUUGCUGCUUGCAGGCUGCAGUGUGAGAAGGAGGCUGUGGUGCGGAACUGCCAGUGCCGCAUGGUGCACAUGCCAGGUAACGAGACCAUCUGCUCGCCCAACGUUUACAUUGAAUGUGCGGACCAUACACUAGAUACAGCAGUUGAGGAUUCCCAGGAGCGCUGUGUCUGCCCCACGCCCUGCAACUUGACUCGCUAUGGCAAGGAGAUCUCCAUGGUGCGCAUGCCCAACAAGGGCUCGGCCCGGUACCUUGCUCGCAAGUAUAACCGCAAUGAGACCUACAUCCGGGAGAACUUCUUGGUGCUGGACAUUUUCUUUGAGGCACUGAACUAUGAGGCGAUUGAGCAGAAGAGGGCAUACAACCUGGCAGGGCUUCUCGGGGACAUUGGAGGCCAAAUGGGCCUGUUCAUCGGGGCCAGCGUCCUCACUGUCCUGGAAAUCUUGGACUACAUCUAUGAGGUGAUCCGUGACAAGGUGGCCCAUGGCCUACGACGCCCCAAGCCCCCUCUGAAGAAGCCUUCAGGCAGCAUUGCCACCCUGGGACUGGAGGAGAUCAAGGAGCAGAGCUCCUGUGAGAGCCUGGGCCACCACAACGAGGGCAGCUACCCCACAGGACUUCUGCCCAACCACCACCACCGCCACCACUACUCGGGCCAAGGGGUCUUCGAAGACUUUGCUUGCUAAGCCAGCUCGUGCGCUGCUCCCCCCAAACAGCAGCAGUGCCUCUGGAGCAGCUUGGGGCACCGCAGGCUCCAGCCUGCACCAAGAAGCCUUUUCCAAGUGGCUAGGCCAGGCCUUCCUCCAAAGGCUUUCAAAAAGCACCGUGAUGCUUUUAUAGCCCCCUCCCUCCUGUAACUAACCCGCUUCCCCAGUCCAGCUGGUCCUGCCCCUGCCCUCCAGGGCUCAGCACCCCCAUCCCCCAACAAACCUUCCCCAUACUGAAGCACAGAGAAAGACCGAGGAUCAGCUGCCAAGAACAGGGAGGUGGAAUGGACUCUAAACUGCUCCACUGAUAGGAAGCAAGGCUUGACUGAGGCAGGCAGCCUGCCUGGAAUUUCACAAAGUGGGAGGAAGGGGGACAUGGAGCAUUCAAGGGAGCAAAGAGGGCGUCAAAAAAGGUAGAGGCAACUCUCUCUCCCAGGGCCCAGUCUAUAACACAGUAGCACCACACAACCAGCUACUCACACAGCCCCACGUGGCAGCCUCUGCCACAGACUCUGAGUAGCAGGAGCCAUGUUCCCUCCAACACCUCUCACUUUGUCCUGUCUUAUCAUUACUGUUCCUACUUACACCUCUUCCCUCAGCCUCCUUACAAACAUACAUUUCCAUGUACCACUAUUUUACAUGCACACAGGGGUAUCUCAGGGCAGGAAAGAGGUCCUGCAUCCCAUUGGCUGCUGCUGUUGGGCAGUGAGUGCCAUGAGGUAUCCCAUUGCUUACUUGCUGCUGCCCCCCACACUGAGGCUGUGCCCACAAGGAGGUUCAAAGACCUGCCAUCCUGCCCACGAUGUGCCCCUUUACCAUAUGGGUACGUGCCCCUCACCCUCAUGGUUGGCCAGCUGUCACCCAUCCCUUCUUCCCUCAGAACUGUAUAUUUGUACAUAACUGUUUUGGGUCUGUGGUUUUUAGCCGGCUACACUCAGUCUUUCGUUGCUGCAGCUGGCCCCUGCCGGCAUUGCUAAAAACUGCUGGUAAGGCUGGACACCACAACAUCGACGUCCAAUCUCAGGUUCCCUCCCAGCUCAAGUGCAGAGGCCGAUGCUGCAGGAGGCUGCUGGCACCAACAAAGCCAGAGUUCCCCUGGGGCAGCCCCUUCCCAGAUUUACAGACGCCCGCCCCCCCUUCCCCACAUCUUCCACCCUCCUCCAGCAGUAUUCAGGGUCCAAGCCACACAAAAACACCCCACCCUCAGGAGAAAGAGCCUUACGGGUCCCACACAAUGUCAAGGGGAGGAUAAGGAGCCCAGGCAGCUUCCCCAGGACUCAGAUCCGUAGGCUGAAGCACUUAGUAGCAGACUUGCCCAGUACAUCUGUGGGGGGGGGGGGAGUGGGGGUGCGAUGACUCCUCAAGGGCAGCAAGGGAAAAUGUCAACUUUCUCUUUGCAGCAGGGCCCUAAGUAAAGCUACAACAGGAAAAAGCCAACCAACCUACCUUGUGCUGUCUUGACAGGACAAGGGAAUACCCCAGAACCCAGCUGUGGUCCUCAGCCCUCCAUGUAGCAAACCAGAGGGGGCUCCAGCAUGCACCGUCGAGACACCUCAUGGUGUCAUGCCCCACACUUAGGGAAUUGUGCCUGUACUCCUGGGGGUGCAUUUUCAGGAGGAAAGGUGGCACAGGAAUAUGCUGCAAAUGCUCCCCCUCCUCCUCCAGUGACACCACCAAACUCUAGCAUACACCACCUCCAAAAGCCAAGAGCAGUCAAGGCAAUUGACUGCUACAGAGGGAGUAGGAUAUUGCAGAUGAAAUCCACCUGCCUGCUGCAUAUGUGUGUGACUCCAAGGGUGCAGGCUGCAGGAGACACUCAACUGGGACCCAGCCAGGGAUCUUCCCAGGAGGGGGUCUGUUAAUCCCAUGACUUUACUGAGCGCAAGUCGCUGUUUUACAAAUGUACAAGUUUCUCCCAAUAAAGAGGCACAAGUAGAA